GCUACAGAACAGAUCAGGGAGAGGAAAGAUAGAUCUCGAGCACAUUCAGCACAAGAGGCGGAAGAGAUUAAGUGUUUCCACGAGAGCCAAAGCACAAAACAAGAGCACCACGCGCUGCACUUUCAAACAGACCAGCGCGACUCACUAGCUGCUCUCCCUCCGCCGUCCGCUCCGCUAUCAGACACACGGGACUUCACUGGUUCAUCCCUUACCGGACAGGCUCUGCUCAUCGUACCGGGAGACCGGGCGAACCCAGGAGUAGGGGGACACUGAGCCGGAGGUGGAAGGGGGACAUGCUCGCUCAGCAACCCAGCAGAGUUUCUCCGAGGUGGGCCAAGCUGUGACAGAGGGCCUCUCUCUGGUGGGCCAACCCGCAACCCUGAACGCUCCAGCAGGCCUCACUCCCAGUCCUAACUACUGUGUGUGCCAGGGCCAGGCCACCUCCAGCCCAGGCCAGACCACGUCUACCCCAGGCCAGCCCAGAGUGGGUCAGCCCCAGCCCAACCCACCUCUUCCCCAGCCCAGUAGUGGUCCAGGCCCAGGCUCCAGAAGCAUGGCCUUCACCCUGUCAGAGAUCAUGGCUGCUCGGCGGCAGCAGCAGUCCCAGGCCCAGCGGGCGGCAGGCAGGGCGGCCGUGGAGGUGGAUGAAUACAGCACCAACCCCACCCAGGCCUUCACCUUCUACAACAUCAACCAGGGACGCUUCCAGCCCCCGCACGUGCACAUGGUGGAUCCCCUGCCCCACGACACUCCCAAGCCGCCAGGUUACACCCGUUUUGUGUGUAUCUCAGACACCCACUCCCGUACGGACGCCAUCCAAAUGCCCUAUGGAGACGUGUUCAUCCACGCUGGAGACUUCACAGAGCUGGGCCUGCCCUCUGAGGUCAAGAAGUUCAACGAUUGGCUAGGAACCUUGCCCUACGACAUAAAGAUAGUGAUUGCGGGAAACCAUGAGUUGACCUUUGACCAGGAGUUCAUGGCUGACCUGAUCAAGCAGGACUUCUACUACUUCCCAUCGGCCUCCAAGCUGAAGCCAGAGAACUACGAGAAUGUCCAGUCCCUGCUCACCAACUGUAUCUACCUGCAGGACUCAGAGGUCACCGUACGCGGCUUCCGCAUCUACGGCUCCCCCUGGCAGCCAUGGUAUUAUGGCUGGGGGUUCAACCUACCAAGAGGUCAGGCUCUGUUGGACAAGUGGAACCAGAUCCCCGACUCCACCGACAUACUGGUCACACACUGCCCCCCACUGGGGUUCCUGGACUGGGUUCCUAAGAAGAUGCAGCGUGUGGGCUGUAUGGAGCUACUCAACACUGUCCAGAGGAGAGUACAGCCCAAACUACAUGUGUUCGGACACAUCCACGAAGGUUAUGGUAUGAUGACUGACGGCACCACCACGUUCGUCAACGCCUCGGCCUGCACCGUCAACUUCCAGCCCAUGAACCCGCCCAUCGUCUUCGACCUGCCCAAUCCCACCAGGACCACAUGACUAGAGAAGCCCCGCCCUGCUGAGCCCCCCUCCAAUCAGGAGCCUAGUGGUUCGAAGGCAGGUAGGUGAGGGUGGUGGGCAGGUGUGGUGGAGUACUGUAGAUAUUCAAGGCUCUAACGGAUGCUGUGUGUGUGUGUGUGUGUGUGUGGCACAACAUUCACACACGCCCAAGUCUCUUACGGACGAUGUGUAUGUCUAGAGAGACAGGCGAUGUUGCCAAUCCUCACUUGGCAAAUCCAUUGAUGUUCUUUUAUGUACUGUCUUUAUUUCAACAAAAGCUCUUACAAACUGGAAAGUAAGGCAAAAGACAGACCCCAGAUGUCAGCAUUAGUCUGUAAAUCUUCUGUUGUACUUCUACUGCACUGACGAUCUGAUCUGGCUCUCAGAUAGAGAAGAGGACAGGGGGAACUUUGUCUGCUGUGUCAUUGUUUGGACUCACAGUCUUUCUCUCAGAAGAAGACACUGGAUAACUCUCAUUCUCUCUUGCUUCCUCAUAGAGGACUCUGUUAAGCCACCAGUGGAAGUUGCUCAGUGGCGGAGUUUUGACAUUGUGACAGUGUGGUCCACACUUCAUUUGAGACUUUCCCCUGAGGAGUGAUGGAACAUUUACCAGUAGGGUUUUAGAACAUGAACCGAAUCUCUAAUUUUGGACUUUGUGGAGCUGUUUGCCAGCACAGAGAGGACACGCCCUGCCAGUACUCUAAUAUCACAGUUCCUGCACUGCAGAUUAAAACACUGGUUUCCCCUUUCUCUUGAUCCCGCUUUUCCUCUGCCCCUCUAGUCUCUCUCUCUCUCUCUCUCUCUCUCUCUCUCUCUCUCUCUCUCUCUCU